AGAAUUACAAAGAUACCCGCAGUUCGAUUUUUAGUAUUGUUCUUGUCGUCCCUCCAACAAACCUAGGCGGAGUUUCAACACAAAAACGCAGCCAUUCUCCGAAGCUAACACUGCCUGAAUUUCGAUCAUUUAGUUGCCUUCAUUGAACACAGUAGAUUCUCUAUUUGAGUUUUAAGCAAGUUUUGGAGUUUGUUUCUCUGGGUAGGUGCUGGUGCUACUGUUACUAGGAAAUGUCUACGGGUCUCGGACUGGAAUCUCUUGUGGGUGAAAAUAUUUCAGUUAUCACUAAUGAUGGCCGCAAUAUAGUGGGGAUCCUGAAAGGGUUUGACCAAGCUACAAAUAUCAUCCUUGAUGAAUCUCAUGAACGUGUUUACUCCACUAAGGAGGGUGUUCUACUUCAUGUUCUGGGAUUAUACAUAAUAAGGGGCGACAACAUAAGUAUUGUUGGGGAACUCGACGAAGAGCUUGAUGCAAAUCUCGACUUGGGAAGCCUAAGAGCUCAUCCUCUGAAGCCACUCAUCCCAUGAUCAAAUGUGAUCCAAGUAUAGUGUGUUAUAAAAGAAUUAUGAUGACCGUUGUGCUGAAUUGGAAGUAAUUAUUUUUGUGCUUA